AGGCAGAGGAAGAGAAGGGAGCGUCCAAGGGCUCUGAGUCUACCUCUCUGGGCGGGUCUGUCCGCUUGCACGGUCCCUAGGAGGCAGAACACUCCCGCCCCCUCCAGUUGCUGGUUUUCACUGCCCCGGGCCGCAGCUCUCGCUUUCACUCCCGGGAGUGGAGCCGGGAGGCCCUUCCUAGCCGCAACAGCUGGGGAAGCCGCCUCUCUAACGUGCCACCGAGGUCCCGGGGAUGGACUCUGCCGCUGUCUGGAUUACCCUCGCCGCCGUCGGAUUUCUCCUCUGGGCAGAGGCGGUGCCCGUACAGGUAUCUCUGCCCUAUACCCCACAAUCAGAUACAUGCUGGAAUACAGAGACAGAAUAUUAUAAUGAAAAGAUCCAGAGAUGCUGUAACAAGUGUCCCCCAGGUCAGCGGGUGCUACAUCCUUGUACUGAGAACUCAAAUACUGUCUGCAUAGACUGUGAAGAUGGCACGCACACCGAGGUUUGGAACUGGGUUAGCGAUUGCCACAGCUGUCGUCGUCCCUGUGGACAAGGUUUGGAGGAGAUUCAGAAGUGCACUACAAAAGAGAACCGUAUAUGUGCCUGCAAGCCUGGAUUCUUCUGCAUCAUCAGGAGUCAGAGGAGCUGCCUCCAAAGUUUCAAGUUUAGAUCAUGUGAGCAGGGCUAUGGAGUGUCCAAGCCAGGAACCCCAGAUUCCGAUGUGGAGUGUGCGGCGUGUGCUCCGGGCACCUUUUCAGACACUAUCUCUUCUACAGACACUUGCAAACCCCACAGGAGGUGUCUUUCCGUGGCCACCCCUGGUAACGCAACUUCAGAUGCCAUCUGCAAUGACAUGGACUUUGCCCCUACGAAGGCCGAGCCACCUUUCUCCAAGCAUCAGCCUGAGUUUAUGAAUCCCAAAGAAACCACAUGGACCUCUGAGCCAAAUGUUACUCUAGCCACCUCUCCCCAACCGCAGCCACAGCCUACAGUCCGACAGGUGUCAUCUGAUAGCCCUGUGCUUCCACUUGGGUGGAUGUUGGGCCUGAUGGUCUUCCUGCUGUUACUGAUUGGUCUGAUUUCCUGUUUGGUCAUGUCUCAGAGAAAAAAGAAGUUCUUGGCCUGCAUGAAAGAGGAAACCAAAGUGCCUCACUCAACAGCUGAGAAGUCUCAGAUCUUCACUGGCCACAGUGGAACGGAACAGCAGAACCUGUUAGACUCAGAGGCCACCUCCAGCAGCAACUCCCUGGACAGUAUGCUGAGCUCUGGGGAAACCAAUGAAUUCCAGGAGGGAAAGGGAACAGAAAGAAAUCCCCGCCAACCUCCAAGCUCAGAGAGGUCCAAGUGUGGCCAGGGAACCAGAGUUGGCUCCAUGAACUCAGAACACUCCCACAAUGGAGGGACGCAGGUCAAGGUGACCUGCAUUGUCAAUGUGUGUAACUCUGAUCACGGGUCCCAGAGCUCCUCUCAGAGCAGCAGCCGCACUGACUUUGAGGCCAGCUCCUCCUGGAACGAGGAUGUCCCCUUCUCCCAAGAGGAGAGCCCUGGGAAGGUCAAGCCAGGCUCCCAGAGUGCACCAGGAAACCUGCUGCCGGAGGUAGAGGAGAAACCACUUCCCAUUGGGGUGCCAGAUAUUGGCAUGAAACUCAGUUAAUGGGUUGGGCCCCUUGGCUCCCCCUUACUGGAAGGAGUCGAGCAGAAGCUGAGUUUGACUGUAUCAGGAUCCUCUCCAAGGGACUGCUUUACUGUAUCUGAAGUCCGCCUUUUAUUACGAGAUUCUGUUGCUCUUCUUGGGCCAGCCUCCAUUCUUCCUUGGGCCUUGCUACUCAGAGUCCUGUCUCCUGCCUUCAGACAGUGGGGACAAGAGGUGACAUGUGGAUUCCUUUGCCUUGAUUUCUCCCAUUUACCAAUUUCCUCAUCCUGGUUUGUCUCUUCCAAGAUGCAGCAUGAGCUGAGAGUCAGGACAUGGGUCUCUGCCCUCCAACUAAGGAACUUUGCAACUUUACCCGACUAUAUUCCCAGUUUGGGCCUUGGUUUCCUCCUUUGUCAGAUGAAGGAAUGGGAUUUCUACAACUCCUUAUAGAGGCCCAAUUCUGGACAAGCCAAGAAUACUCUUUGAUGCUGGACUUUCUCCCCAGGAAGACUUCAGAUUUCCAUCCCCAUCUUCUUCAGCCAGAAUAGGAGGAAGAGAUAUCUGGGGAAGGGUGGGGAGGGUGCAAUCCAGAGCCAGAGAGGAGUUGAAAACCUCUUAGCCUAUUAAAAGGCAGCAGGGUACAGUAGAAAGAACAAUGCAUCUUAGAACCCAAAAACUUGGGUUCAAAUUCUACUUUUUGUUACUUACUAGCUAUACAACCACAGACAAGUUUCGACCUCAGUUCUUCUUGUGUCAAAUGGACUAGAUGGCCUCUAAGGCUAUUUGUAGUAUUCAGUCUUUGUUCCUGUACGGUUAUGCUGGAGGUUGUGGGGGGCAAGGUGUCCCUCUCAGGCUCUAAGAUUUUAGGACAAUCCAUGCUGAGAGGUUUGAGACAGAAGUGGAAAGAGAACUUCACGGAUGUUCCUCUUGAAAAGAAAGAAUUUAUUUUGGAGUUAACUCUUGUGACUCAAAUUCUAUGUCACUUGGAUUAAGUGACCACCAUAGAAAAUUGAUGACUGGGGCAGCUCUGGAUAGAAUGCCAGGCCUGUAAUUAGUAGAGCCUGUGUUCAGAUCUGCCCUCAAAUACUUUCUAGCUGGGUGACCCUGGGCAAGUCACUUCACCCCAUUUGCCUAGCCCUUGCUGCUCUUCUGCCUUAGAAUGAAUACUAAGAGAGAAAGCAAGGGUUUAAAAAAAAAUAAUAGAAAGCAAGUUGAUGGCUAAGACUUUCCUAAACCCACUCCCUUUUGGAAACUUUGGUUAUUUGGGUUUUACGAUAUGAAGACAUUGCAUGGCAUGUGCUUUACCCUUAGCACUGACCCCUUAUGAAUGGCAGCAUGGCAUAAGGUAAUAGAAUCUGGAUCCAGAGAGUCCAGGUUCAAAUCCUGCCUCAGCUACUCAUUACCUAUAUGACCUUUCCUCUCCGGGUCUCGGUUUCCACUUUUGUAAAAUGAAGGGAGUUAGACUAGGUCACUUCUAGGUGACUUUCUAGCUCUAAAUCUGGGGGGGGAGACUCAGGAAUUAGAGCUGUGUAAGGGCCCAGGAGCCAUUCCAAAUCUGCUACCUCAGGUUAGGGCCCUUUCCCUGGCUGUGUACUUUUUGCUUCUCCUGCCCUCCUCUUGUGCCAAGUACCUCAGCGCUCUGGGUCCCAGGACGAGUUACAGGCCCACAUCUGUGUCAAAUCCCCAAAGACCUGAAUUUGUGUUGUGAAUAUGUGUGUAUGUGCAUGUGUGUAUACUGGAAUCUUUUAGGGUGCCAAUGAAGACAUUGCUGAGUAGCAUGUUCUAUUCAAUUCAAUAAACAUUCAUUAAGUGCCUGCUGUGUGCAAGGCACUAUGGAUACAAAGAAAGGAAACUGUUCCCAGUCCUCCAUGAGGUUUUCCUUCUCCUGCAAGAAACAUGGUAGCUAUGCUCUGGAAGUUGGUCUGGCCAUCUUCUAGAAGUCUGUCAAACAACUGUGGCCAGCAUGGUGAGGUGGUCACUGGAGUCAAAGGGCCAGAGUUCAUACUUGCUUGCUUGUGUGACCUUGGACAAGUCUCUUGACUUUUCUGUAAAAUGAGGGGGCUGGACUAGAUGGUAUCUGCGGGUCCUUCCAGGCCUGACUAUGAUCCUGUGAUUAUCAACUACCUUGUGUCAGGUGUGGCGAGGGAGUGUGGACCUGGCCAGCCCCCAAAUGGAGCCGUCCGCCAUGAUUCUAGCUCAAAAGGAAGCCAUUCUAACCAAACUCAGGGGGCAAGAUAAAAAAUUCACUGGACUCCAACAUGAACUCGGCAGCUGUAAUAACUGGUUGGUUAAGACUGGCCCAUGGGCCUUUCUCCUCUUUCCUUCUCUGGGGAACUCCAUGCUUGAAAUAGAAAUAGAAAUGUGCAGCAAGACUCUCACUUGGUCUCUCAGUGGAUGGGAAGAGACGUCCCCCUCUAGUGGCCACUUGCAGAAAUGCCUCCAUCUCACUUGAGAAAGACUGCAAUAGACAUUUCCUAACUAAAGUUUGGGCCAGAGUUCCCAAAUGGACAAGGCCAGUGACCUGGCCACCAUGUACAAUGAGAGUUUGCACUGUAUAAUAGUUUUUCAAUAAAACCUUUUCUACUUCCAAA